AGGCGACGACGACAUCGGUGAGGUCUCCUCACUCCUCUCCUCUCUCUCUCUCUGCUCUGCUUUGACCCCAAUUCCCAACACCCCUCCCCCUUCGCUUCGCUGCUCCCGAUUCCGGCAGCCUCGCGCCGCCGCCACAUUGAUGGUAAUAGUUGGAUCCGCCGCCUCCGCCGCAGCCGACGACGAUGGGACUCUGCUCCUCCUCCAGCGCCCGCCGGGACGCCGGCACACCCGGCGGCGGUAACGGCGCGGGGAACAAGGAUAACGCGGGGAGGAAGGGGAUCGUGGCGUGCGGGAAGCGGACGGACUUCGGGUACGACAAGGACUUCGAGGCGCGGUACGCGCUCGGGAAGCUGCUGGGCCACGGCCAGUUCGGCUACACCUUCGCCGCCGUCGACCGCCGCUCCAGCGAGCGCGUCGCCGUCAAGCGCAUCGACAAGAACAAGAUGGUUCUUCCUGUUGCCGUUGAAGACGUAAAGCGAGAAGUUAAAAUACUGAAGGCCUUACAAGGCCAUGAAAAUGUUGUACAUUUUUACAAUGCAUUUGAAGAUGAUAAUUAUGUGUAUAUUGUUAUGGAAUUAUGUGAAGGCGGGGAGUUACUUGACCGGAUACUAGCCAAGAAAGAUAGCCGUUAUAGCGAGAAAGAUGCUGCAGUAGUUGUGCGGCAAAUGCUCAAGGUUGCUGCUGAGUGCCAUUUGCAUGGUUUGGUUCAUCGGGACAUGAAGCCUGAGAACUUCCUCUUCAAAUCAACCAAAGAGGACUCAUCCCUCAAGGCUACAGAUUUUGGUCUUUCAGAUUUUAUAAGACCAGGGAAACACUUUCGUGACAUUGUUGGAAGUGCCUACUAUGUAGCACCAGAAGUGCUUAAGCGUAAGUCAGGCCCAGAAUCUGACGUUUGGAGUAUUGGCGUAAUAACCUAUAUUCUACUGUGUGGAAGACGACCUUUCUGGGACAAAACUGAAGAUGGAAUAUUUAAAGAGGUGUUGAAAAACAAGCCAGAUUUUCGUCGCAAGCCCUGGCCAAAUAUCACUCCUUGUGCUAAAGACUUUGUACAAAAGUUGCUUGUUAAGGAUCCCCGUGCAAGAUUAACUGCUGCUCAGGCAUUAUCACAUGAAUGGGUGAGAGAAGGAGGACAGGCAUCUGAUAUACCUCUAGAUAUAUCUGUAUUACAUAAUAUGCGUCAGUUUGUAAAAUACAGUCGGUUUAAGCAAUUUGCUUUACGGGCGUUAGCUUCUACACUAAAUGCAGAAGAGUUGUCUGAUCUUCGUGACCAGUUCAAUGCCAUUGAUGUUGACAAGAAUGGAACAAUUAGUCUGGAAGAACUGAAGCAGGCUCUUGCAAAGGAUGUUCCAUGGAGAUUAAAGGGUCCACGUGUUUUAGAGAUUGUUGAGGCAAUUGACAGUAACACAGAUGGAUUAGUUGAUUUCGAAGAGUUUGUUGCUGCAACAUUACAUGUGCAUCAGCUAGUGGAACAUGAUACUGAGAAGUGGAAAUCAUUGUCUCAAGCUGCAUUUGAUAAAUUUGAUGUUGACGGAGAUGGCUAUAUCACAUCUGAUGAACUGAGAAUGCAAACAGGACUGAAAGGUUCUAUUGAUCCCCUCCUGGAGGAGGCUGACAUUGACAGAGAUGGAAAAAUAAGCCUAGAUGAAUUUCGCAGGCUCCUGAAAACUGCAAGCAUGAGUUCACGCAAUGUACAAACUCCGAGGAGUGUUCACAGAUCGUAGCUUUUCAUAGCUGUGCACACUUCACAAAAGUGAACAAAGGGCAGUCAUUGUUGUAAUAUUUUUCAUCGACACGUGUAAUCAAAAUUGUUGCCAGAAAAGCUCUUGAUGUAAAUUAAUAUGGACAUGUAGGACUGAAGCUAGCCAGCUAAUCUGUAGAUGUGCCUCGAGAAAUUAAACGUUGUCUUGCAUACGUUUGUGUGAAGGAUGACCUAUUCAUCCCUCCCCCCUCAUAUUUGGGUAGAAUUCAGCUUCAAAAAAAAUAUUGGGUUAAUUGGAUA